GGUGUCCUGCAUUUUCAGUGGCUGUUUAAAUGCCCUGUAUUACAGAGCUGCUGCGUGCUUUUGAACUUCACAGGGAUCCUGGAAAGUCGAAUUUAGGAUCAGCUAUUGUUAGUCUGAGAAGCCACGAUGGAUUUACACCAAGUGACCGAGCGAUGAACGGCGGCGCUGUGUGGGAAUUGAAGAGCCACAAGGGGGCGCAGUUUUACAGAGAGUCGGUGUAUCUCUUGGAAGGGCGGGGACGAAAGGCCAGUGAACCAAUCGGAAGGCGUAGCUUCAGAGGAAUCCCCGACGAUAUCAUAGUGACGUCACUUCAUUGAUCGGUUGCCAGGGGGACGUCAACUUGGCCCCCUGAGGAGGAGGGGCUACUACGGCCAGCAGGAUGGGCCAAUCCUCAUCGUCCUACUCCACAGUGGCGGCGACGAAGAAGGCGAAAGCGAAAUCCUCCGGCAAGGCUGCGAGCAGGGAGGCUACGGCAGGCGGGCGGAUGAAAAUCCGCCGAAUCACCAGCGAGGACCGGAGGGAUGACCGGUUCGACCGGGAUAUAACUAAAAAUAAGGAGCUGCCGCGACCGGCGGAGGCGACCUCGGAUGAUAUUAAAACCUGCACAGCAGACGAGAUCGGGAGCAAGCUGACCAGGACGGGUUUGUCCGGCGAUGCGGACUCCAGUCGAGAGGACAGCAGCGGGGUCGCCGGGGAGAGCACUGCGGGUUCCCAGAGUGCGAGCAGCGGGAGCGGCAUCGGGGGGCAGCCGGGGGUCUCCACCUGCGGGGAUUCGCCAGCGGACUCGGGUUCAGUAAUUCAAACUGAAAGCAGCAAUAACGCGGGGACUGCCGCAACAACCGGAGCCAGCUCUGCAGAUCCGGAGAGUGGCCGCUGUGCCGUGUGGGAAUGCGGGGACCAUGAGCGCAACGCUUUGGAGCAAAACAUGGAAAAUAAAGUCAGCUUUUUCGAACCGGGAUCUAGCGUGGAAGCAGUGAGGGGAGCCGCGGACGCGAAUUCGGAAGAGGUUGAAGUAAAAAAUAAACUCCGGCGCAGCCUGCGAGUGGAGGGUGGUUACGUGGAGCGCAGCGGUGAUGUUACUUCGCCUGUGCCCGAAACUUGUAACUCUGACCAGGUACAAAACACCGGGACGUGUCCAUCGGUAUCUAAAAAUGAGACAGGCAGCAGUGCGCAAAGCCGGGGGUGCGCGGUGAACCCCUGCAAUGGUGACGCUUUAAGAUGCCCUGGUAGUGGAGAUUCCCCAAACGCAGACCCCGACUUACAGUUUGGGGUUGCAGAUAAAAUCUGUGAAGUCCCUGAACGCCUGAGCUUCCCCGGGACGAUCCCGCGGCUUAUUGUGACCCGGGAGCCGAGCCCUUGCAGGGAAGAAGGGUACAGGGGCGCCGGGGACGCGUCGGACUCGCACCCGGGCGUGGAGUCGCCUUGCUCGGACAGUGGGUGCGGGGGGUCCCCGUCCCCCUCCUUGCUUCUCCGCAAGUUUUCUAGCUCGUCCUCCGCCGGCCUGUCCUCGGCUUCGUCUUUUGAAGAGUCGGAGGACGACUUCACCGGGAGCGACAUGGAACCGAACAGCCUGAGCCCGCAGAAUACCCUGGGGAGCCCCGACGACACAACGGGGAAUAAGUCGUGGAGGAAGCUGAAAACCAUGGUGCACUGGUCCCCCUUCGUCGUGUCCUUCAAGAAGAGAUACCCCUGGGUGCAGCUGGCAGGGCAUGCAGGGAACUUCAAGGCAGGGGACUUUGGGAAGAUCCUGAAGAAGUACUGUGAGUGCGAGCAUCAUUCUCUGGAGGGGCUGAUGCUGGACAGCCUGCGCCCCUACGUGCCGGGGUACUACGGGCGGGUGGAGAAGGAGGGAGAGACCUACAAUCAAAUGGAGGACCUGCUGGCUGACUUCGACUCCCCCAAUAUCAUGGACUGCAAGAUGGGCACACGGACCUAUCUGGAGGAGGAGCUGGUGAAAGCUCGGCAGAAGCCCAAGCUGCGGCCCGACAUGUAUGAGAAGAUGAUCGCUGUGGACCCGGAGGCCCCCACGCCGCAGGAGCGCAGCCAGCAAGCCGUGCUCAAACCCCGCUACAUGCAGUGGAGAGAGACCCUGAGCUCCACCGCCACACUGGGCUUCCGCAUCGAGGGCAUCAAGAAAGCAGAUGGCACGUGCAACACGAACUUCAAGAAAACCAAACACAGAGAGCAGGUGCAGCAGGCAUUUGAGGACUUUGUGGAGGGGAACACCAGCGUCCUGAAAAAAUAUUUAGUGACACUGAAAGAACUCCGAACAGCAUUAGAAAAAUCAGACUUCUUUAAAUCGCACGAGGUGGUGGGUAGCUCGCUGCUCUUUGUCCAUGACUACACAGGGCUGGUCCGUGUGUGGAUGAUCGACUUCGGGAAGACGGUGAAGCUGCCAGACUCGGAGACGCUCGAUCACCGGAUCCCGUGGGUGGAGGGGAACCGAGAGGACGGCUACCUGUAUGGGCUGGACAACCUCGUCGACAUCAUGGGAGCCAUGGUGCCAGACUGACCCGCUCCUCCAUUUAAUAAACUGGUUAAAUUCCAAAGGACUGGCAGCCUCGGAGACGGACAGGCUCGACCACAGCUGUUUGAGCAGUGGCGACACCAACCUUGACACAGUGUGCCUGGAAUCUCAAAUCAUUCUGAAAGAAGAAGAAACAGAAGAUUCAUUUUGCGUCUGGAGUGUCGUGUCCAAACAGUUUUUAGUUGUUUUUAACAGAAACGAAACACGCAAGUGGCCUUAACAGACUCUUUUUUUUAACAAAAAAGGAUAAAGGAAAAUAUGUACUGUUCCUUUUUUUAAAGUAAGGAUACUACACUAUAACACUGAAAAGCUGCAAAGUUUUUUUUUUAUUUUUAAAUUUAUUUAAAGAUCGCUCUGCCUGUGCAUUGCAAAUUUUUAUUUGGUGUUUGGCAUGCAGAUGACUUCAUUGGGUAUUUUAUGGGUACUUUGUUUUCGUAUGUGCCAGGUUUAUCCGUGCUUGUUUCUGAAAAUCAAACUGACAGUGCUGCACAUACUGAAGCUACAUUUGUAACAGUGCUGGUGUCUUUUCCUUUAAGGUAAAAUAAUUGUGCAAAUUGCAGCUUGCAAAGAACUGGUUUGAUAGCGGGUUUAUUGUGGUUCGCAGUGUCAGCGUACAAACUACAAAUCUGACAGAGAGGUUGAUACAGACGGUACUUCUCGUUUUAGAGUCUGAUCUUGGGCUGUUUUCAUGAGACUUUAACCCAGACUGUAUUCGUAGUGUCUGGGGACCCUGUUCCCAAAGCUUUCAAUCCAGGGCUACUGGUUUGGAUGCAUUGCAUUAUGUUUGAUAUUCUGAAACUGUUCUGUUGUCACAGGAUAAAUAAUCUUGUUAUCCUGACGCAACGUUUUCAAAUGUCAAGCUCCAGAGAAUUUGGCUCUUAGUUUUUCCUCUGUCCGUAAUGAGCCACUGUAGUUCCAUACUUGAUAAUACCUCAUGGGUUACAGCUUAAGAUCCUUUGCUUCUAAAGUUAGUGUUUUGCAACACAAGAAGAAACGGUAAACCCCUUUAACUAGACAGAUAAGUUCACAUCGAGCCUUCAUAUAUUCAUCUAAACUUUGUUUUUGAAAAAAGAGAAAUAUGUUCCAUGGCUUUAAAAAAUAAAUCCCAGUCUACCAAGUCCAGUGCUGUGGACAACGUGAUAACUGCACAGUACUGGUCUGGGUGGCACUGCAAACAACACUGUGUAAGUCAGACAAGCGUGUUCAUCGGACGUCCUCGUCAAUGUGGUUUUGUGCUGCAAGUGUACAACACCAAAAUACAUUGACAAUUCUUGCUAAAACUUUAUCUAACUUUUAAAUAACUUUUUUUUUUUUUUCCGUACCACUGAAUAUGAUUGCAGGGUCCAAAUUCACAUAUGAACUUAGCUGAAAAGCUUCCUCAGUAUAAAGCCAGGCUCUCGUCAUGCAGGGCAGUCUGUAGGAGCUUGCUGUCAAUGAUUAGCAGGCCUGCCAUUGGGACAGCUCACCUGCUGUGUAAAUGAUGCAAGCACAGACAAGCAGCCAACAAUCCCACUCUCUCCCACAUCGCUGUGAACUGGCCAAGCCAAGCACCUGUGUACUUGCAAAGUCAACUCUGGUAAACGCAUGCGUAAGUACUGUGCAGUUUAAAUUGGGCUUGGGGGGAAAAAAUAAUAGUAAACUAAAAGGAUCAGCGCCACUGUAGACAGCCUUCCAUAAAGAGAGGACUGUUCAGUGCCAUGUCAUUAAACUGGGCAUUGGAAAAUCAUUCAGAUUCGUUCUCCCUCUGUUGUGAGAGAGGACAGUAGUGUGGCUUUAUUGAAAAGCCAAAAAAGCAAAAGUAUGUGAGAGGAAGAACUACUGGAGAGGGGAGGGGGGGUCAAAAUGAAUAGGGAUUAAAACCUGACUAAGAAAAUCGUUUUAAGCUGAUAAAAUAGCAUUGAAAAUGGCAUUGUUGCUCUUCCCUAAAUGCACUACAUUAGACCUGCUUUAAAGAAGUACCUCCCAACAAAGCCAUGAGUGAGAACUCUUGUUGUGCUGAAGACCCAUCUUUGCAUCUUGUUUUCUGAUAUGAAAAGACAAUGAGGUGGUGUUUUUACAGUCCUUGGUAGAACUGCAUUAUCUAAAGUAACAUUCGGUAACCCAGGAUUAGUGCUAAUGCGAGCUUGUGAAUCAUGAAGAGAAUGUAACAAAGCACACAAUACAGAGAAUCUACCUGUCUUUCAUUUACACACUGGGGGUUUUGGCUUGCUUCUACAACAUUACCAGCUAUGCUCCAUUUCAUCCAAAAAAAUAAUGCAGAUUUCACCUGGAAGUAAAAAAAAUUGAUAAAAGGGGAUUCACUGUCGUGUGAAUUAUUUUAGAGUUUUUCUUGUUUUUAUUCUUUCAAAAUGUGUAAAUUAGUUUUAUUUAUUUUAGAACUACCGUUUAAUCCUUUUGCAUUAGGGUUACGGCGAGGUACCAGUGUGUCCGUUUUUUAUAUUUGAAUAGCUUGUCAAUGAAAACUAACCCUCUGAGUUUGGAAGUCAUGUAGACUGCUUUCCAUAUGGGCGACUUAAGAGAAAACAGCCCUUACUCAAAAACAAAGGCUGCAGUGAACACGAUUCAGGCAGACGCUAUGAAAGAGGCGGGGGGGCGGGGGCUGAGCCGCUCUCCAGCACGCUGCUAGUAGUGCCAGGUCAUGUAGAAGCUUAUUUCACUUCUGCCAGAUUGCUAUUGAUCCCAUCCUGGCUUAUCAACAUCCCCUCAUCAGUUGACCACAGAUUCCGCUAACCCAGCACAAGCAGUGUUGUCACAAGCCUUUUUUCUCAAAAUGUUUAAUUUUCUUCAGACACAAUGUUAAUUUAUAAUUACUAAGACUUCAUUUUCAUUAUUCCACCCCCACUGCCACUGGUGGAAACAGUGCUUGAAGUGUCAAGGCUUUUUUGCAUCCACAAAAGCACUGCUUCUGACAGGUUUAAAGCAUCUCGGAGAAGUUUGACAAAGUGUGCUGAAAACCACGUAUAAAUCUAGAUUACAUUAAUCAAACAAGACUGUUUUUAAUAGGCUACAUACAGUGAAAUAUCAAAUACAUAACUUUUUUGUGUAGUUUCGAAAUAUCAGUGAUGACGUUGUUAAAGUUAGCCUCAUAAAAUACAUUGACAGUCAUUAAAAAAUACUCAGCAUUCUGAAAAGUGCUUCAGAGAUGAUGUGACUGCACUGAAAGGUCCACUGCAGUUCUCGCAGUUGACUGGGUCAAUUUGGGUGAGAGCUGCAGUCAGCCAGCUCUGCCUAGGUAGCUCAUUCAUCAGCCAGCUCUAAUGCUCCAGUGUGUGUGUGUGGGUGUGUGGGAUUGUACAGCAAGUUGAACUGUAUCAUAAUGUAAAGCCUUCACUCUUCCCUCCCUCCCUCUGCUGUGACUUUAUUUUGUCCAUAUAUAUAUAUAUAUAAAAAAAAAUUCCCUUCAAUAUAAAUAUUCAUUGAUUGUUAUAAGUGGUGCUGACUCGCAAUAGUUUUUUCAAACUACUGGGGGAAACUGGAAUUCUGCCUUUCUACUUGUAAAGUCCAGAGGCCUUGUUUAAAACUGUAAGAAACUAAGUCAAGCAGAUAUCAAGCUCGAUAUCGUCAUGCACACGAAGGAAGAUAGUUCUUUAUGAGCACAUUUCAAUAUAGCGUACGUAUUUUCCCAGCUGUUUUCUGUAGCCUCCACAGCAUGACUGCCCUGUUUGAUUUCAGUCCCAGUUUGAAAGUGAAAAAACUGUUGAGGUCAUCGCCAACAACUUGUACCUGUACCUAAUAACAUUAAUAUUGUUGGAGUCCCCCCCCCCCCCCCAGCAUGGGGUUUAGCAUGACUUUCAGGCAGAUCUACUGUUCGGACCAUUUCCAUGGAGCCCUGAUCUCAAAACUGGAUGUACAGAACUGUUUACAGUUUACAACUGUUUUGUCUUAUUUUUCCGGUUGUAAUCUUUUACAUAUUUAUAAAUGUUGUUGUUUUUUGUUCACUGGAACAAUACUGGAAUAUGCAUGGGUUACUAUCCCUUUUUGAAUCUCUAUACUGUACUGCUGGAAUAAUUUGACAUAGUAACUGUUUUGUAGCUAGUCUACCACAAUAAACUGGAACCUCACAACUA